AUGCCUGCCCCUAAGUCCGGAAAGAAGACCGCCGCUAUGCCCUACCCCCAGGGCAAGGCUGGCUCGUCCAAGAAGGCCGCUAAGAACCCUCUCAUCGAGAAGCGUUCCCGCAACUACGGCAUCGGCCAGGACAUCCAGCCCAAGCGUGACCUCGCCCGCUUCGUCAAGUGGCCCGAAUAUGUCCGCCUUCAGCGCCAGAAGAAGAUUCUGAACAUGCGCCUCAAGGUUCCCCCGGCGAUUGCCCAGUUCCAGAACACCCUGGACCGCAACACCGCUGCCCAGACCUUCAAGCUCCUCGCCAAGUACCGCCCUGAGACCAAGGCCGAGAAGAAGGAGCGUCUCGUCCAGGAGGCCACCGCCGUCUCCGAGGGCAAGAAGAAGGAGGAUGUCUCCAAGAAGCCCUACCACGUCAAGUACGGUCUCAACCACGUCGUCGGCCUCGUUGAGAACAAGAAGGCUUCCCUCGUCCUGAUCGCUCACGAUGUUGACCCCAUUGAGCUCGUUGUCUUCCUGCCCGCUCUCUGCCGCAAGAUGGGUGUCCCCUACGCCAUCGUGAAGGGCAAGGCCCGUCUCGGUACCGUCGUCCACAAGAAGACCUCCGCUGUUCUCGCUCUGACCGAGACCCGCGCCGAGGACAAGGCCGAGUUCUCCAAGCUCCUCUCUGCCAUCAAGGAGGGCUACACCGACAAGUACGAGGAGACCCGCCGCCACUGGGGUGGUGGUAUCAUGGGCUCCAAGGCCAACGCCAAGCAGCUCAAGAAGACCAAGGCUGCUGAGGCUGCCAUCAAGGUCUAA